AUGGCGGGUAACAAGCGACCACAGGGGAUUCUAUUCGACAUUGGCGGCGUUUGUGUCGUCUCUCCCUUCCAAGCAAUCCUAGACUAUGAAAUCGCAAACAAUAUUCCGAUUGGCUGGGUAAAUUACAGCAUCCAACACACCUCUCCCAACGGUGCAUGGCAUAGAGUUGAGCGCGGGGAGGUGACGUUAGAUGAGGUUUUCUUCCAAGAGUUCAACAGAGAUUUCCAACACCAGCAUCUAUGGAAAGCAUUCCAUGCCCUGCAGCAGAGCAAGAAUAAACAAUCCUCCUCCUCAUCCUCACAAUCAUCGCGCCUCCCACCCCUCCCCAAGGUCGAUGCAAAGUACCUAUUUUGGGAAAUGAUGCGAGUGGCCCGCAGCCCAGAUCCAUAUAUGUUCCCCGCUUUGCGGAAACUACAAGCAUCGGGCCAGUUCAUCCUGGGCGCGCUGUCGAAUACGACAAUCCUCCCCGCAGACAACCCAGCAGGCCCGCCGGUAGAUGUGAAGCAGUUCUUCGAUUUCUUCAUCUCUAGCGCGCAUGUUGGGAUGCGGAAGCCGGAUCCUAAGAUCUAUGCGCUGGCGUUGAAGGAGAUGAAUGAUGCGGCGAAGAGGAAGGGGUUACCUCCCGUUGAGCCGGAUGAUAUUGUGUUUUUGGAUGAUAUUGGGAUUAACCUGAAAUUCGCGAAGAAGGCCGGGUUCCGGACUAUCAAGGUUGACCUGGGUAAGUCGCAGGAUGCUGUGAGGGAGUUGGAGAAGGUGACUGGUUUGCAGCUGUUGGAGGCGAACACACAAAACCAAAUCCCACACAACCACGCUGGAAACGAAUCUUUUCUCCUCGUCCCCGUCCAACUCGCCCAGCAUCCAGGUUCAGUAGCAACUCGACGCACCAAACCUACCGGCAAGAUGCCUUUCACCAAGCUCGUCAAGAACAGCGCUUACUACAGCCGCUACCAAACCAAGUUCAAGCGCCGCCGGCAAGGAAAGACCGACUACUAUGCUCGCAAGCGCCUGAUCACCCAGGCCAAGAACAAGUACAAUGCGCCCAAGUAUCGUAUGGUCGUCCGCUUCACCAACCGCGACAUCAUCACCCAGAUUGUUACUGCCGAAAUCACCGGUGACAAAGUCUUCGCAUGUGCUUACUCCCACGAGCUCAAGCGCUACGGCAUCGAGCACGGCCUGACCAACUGGUCUGCCGCCUAUGCCACCGGCCUCCUCCUCGCCCGCCGCACGCUCAAGAAGCUCGGCCUCGAUGAGGACUUCGUCGGCGUCGAGGAGCCCGAGGGUGAGUACAGCCUCACCGAAGCCGCUGAGACCGAUGAGGGCACCCGCCGUCCCUUCAAGGUUGUUCUCGACGUCGGUCUCCACCGCACCUCAACCGGUGCCCGCGUCUUCGCAGCCAUGAAGGGUGCGUCUGACGGCGGCAUCCUGAUCCCUCACUCCGAGAGCCGCUUCCCCGGCUACGAUAUCGAGACCAAGGAGCUGGACGCUGAGACUCUGCGCCGCUACAUUUUCGGUGGCCACGUUGCUGAGUACAUGGAGACGCUUGCCGAUGACGACGAGGAGCGCUACAAGUCUCAGUUCCAGAAGUACAUUGAUGCCGAGAUCGAUGCUGGUGAUCUCGAGGAGAUCUAUGCUGAGGCCCACAAGGCUAUCCGUGCCGAUCCGUUCAAGAAGGAUGAGGAUGCUGGAUCCAAGAAGACCAAGGAGGAGUGGAAGGCUGAGAGCUUGAAGUAUCGUACCAAGAAGCUUACUCGUGCUGAGAAGGAGGCUCGUGUACAGGAGAAGAUCCGGGAGUUGGCAUAG